CACUUCUCCCUCGUCGACCAACCUCACAUGGCUGCCGUCAACGAAGGCAAGGCUCUCGAGCUCAUUGCCAAGGCCGAGAAAAAGUCCAAGUCGUUCUGGCCUGGCUCUGCCAAGUACGAAGACGCACACGACAUGUUUACUCGGGGUGCUAACAUGCUCAAGGUCGCCCGCAAGUGGGACGAGGCCGGGGACGCGUUUGAGAAGGCCGCGGCCAUGUCGGCCAAGCUCGGCGAGCCGCACGACGAGGCGUCCGACUUUGUGGCCGCCGCAGGCUGCUACCGCAAGACGCAGACGGGCAAGGCGGUGACAUGCCUGCAGCGUGCGGUGGAUCUCUUCACCAACAUGGGCCGCUUCACCGUUGCCGCCAAGCACACCAAGGACAUUGCCGAGAUGUACGAGGAGGAUCAGGAGCUGGAGUCGGCUAUCAACUUCUACGAGUCGGCGGCCCAGUUCUACGAGGGCGAGAACUCGACGGCCAUGGCCACAAAGUGCCUGCUCAAGGCCGCCACCUUCCUUGCCCAGCUCGAAAAGUACGAUCGCGCCAUCGAGAUCUUUGAGCAGGCCGGCAUCGGCGGCAUCGACAACAACCUCACCCAGUUCAAGUGCAAGGAGUACUUCCUCCACGCCGUCCUCUGCCAUCUGGCCACUGGCGAGGCCCACACCGCCCGCGCCGCCCUCGACCGCUACCAAGACCUUGACGCCAAGUUUGUCGGCUCAAGAGAGGCCGAGUUUGCCAACUCGCUUGUCACCGCCGUCGAGGACGCCGACGUCGACGCCUUUACCGCCGCCAUCGUCGACUUUGACCGCAUCACAAAGCUCUCAAACUGGCGCACCACCAUCCUCCUCCGCGUCAAGCAGGCCAUCCAGGCCGAGGAGGACGACCUGACCUGAGACGACCACGCGGGCACCAUCCCCACCCCAACUCCCGCCUGCCCUGCCCCGCCCCGCUCUUCACACCAUCCGACGUCAUUCCCUCCCUCCCCCCCC